CGUGGAUUGGCUGCUUUUAUAGAGUUUAGGAGGUUAGUGCCGGUUUGUCGAUUGGCCAGAGAAGUCGGACGGGGCGGGAGAGCGGUCAUGGCGUGGUUUGGGCCGCACUGAGUAGCGCUAGCUUCUUUCUGUCGCAUUCACAAAAGGACGGCUGUCGGUACUGUUGUGGCUACCUCGAUGAUGAAGGGCGCGUUGGCCAGCCCCGUGGCUGCCGCCACUAUGCAGGAGAGUUUUGGCUGCGCCGUCGCCAACCGCUUUCACCAGCUGCUGGACGACGAGUCCGAUCCUUUCGACAUCCUCCGUGAGGCUGAGAAGCGUAAACGGCAAAGUAAGAAGCGCGAAGAAACUGCACUCUCAGCCCAUAAGAAGCCCGUUCCAGGCGGAGCUGCCGCCUCCGCAGUUGCUGCAAAAAGAGAAUCGCAGAAGGAGCGCAAAGGGAGCCCGUUCCUGCAACUAGAGAGUCCUCCAACACUUGGCCAAAAGCGAGCUCCGAAAAGGGGAGAACAGCAGGGAUGGAAUGAUAAUAGAGGUACUGAGAUAAAGCAAGAUAAAACAGAAUGGAGACCUUCUUUCAGCAAAUACCGUCCACAUGAAAUGGAAAGGCAAUCAGAAUUCAUGCUAGACAGACCAAUAGACCGGCUUGAUUGGGAAAAACCAAUGAGAGGGCGUGGGGGAGGAAGAAGUGGAAUGCGAGGAAGAGGUGGUGGAAUGAACAGGACUUUCAAUGGCUUUGACCAGCGAGGGAAACGGGAAUUUGAAAGGCAGAGCGGGAGUGAUAAAACAGGAAUCCGACCAGAAGACAAAAAGGGUGGAGGUGGUGCUCGCAACUGGGGAGCAGUGAAAGAUGAUCUGAGUGAGAUGGAACAGACUGCUGCAAUGGAAGAAACUGCAGAACCAGAAGAGCAUCUAGGGGCACCAGAGGAAGAAUCUCCAACCAAAGUUACUGAAGGGGAACUUGUGAAAGAAGUAGUUCAAGAGAUGACGUUGGAUGAAUGGAAAAAUCUCCAAGAACAAAACAGACCCAAGCCUGAAUUCAACAUCCGGAAGCCAGAAACCCCUGUUCCUUCCAAAGCAGUGGUGAUUCACAAAUCAAAAUACAGAGAUGAUGAUGUUCUAAAGGAGGAUUUUGAGGAUGACUCUCACUUUUUCCGAAAAGCAGCCAAUGACAUCACUUCUCAGCUAGACAUUAAUUUUGGGAACCUGCCCCGACCUGGACGUGGAGCUAGAGGAGCGCGAGGAGGUCGAGGCCGUGUCCGGAGAACAGAAGACUCAGGGUCCAGGCCAGAAGCAAUGAUGCACAUCUCUGCUCCAAACCCAGAUGACCCUGAUGAUUUUCCUGCUUUAGCUUGAAAGAACUGACUAAUGACACCUCAGAAGUAGUUGUAAAGACAUGGACCACUUUGUCGGGUGGGAAAGAAUCAUCCAAGUCUACAGAGAGAAAUGACUUUUGUGUGGAUUUUGCACUUCUAUUGUGUUAAGGGCCUAGACACAACCAUUGGGGGCAGCACCACUGCUUUGGAUUAGCAAUGUUAAGGCUUGUGGUAUCAUACGUGAGGAAUUUGAAAUAAAAGUUUGAAAUGAUGGUGUCAAA